AUGGGCAGUUAAUGUUCGAAUUGUUAGAGUUGUUAAAAAAAAGAUGAAAUAUUAAUAAGUGAAUUUCAUUAAUAAUCAAUGAAUCAUUAUUCACAUAAUGAGCGAGAUAAUGAGGAAGAGGAUGAUUAAGAAAUUUCAUUGAAAGAGUAAUAAUAAUAAGAAGAAUAGAAAGAAUAGAUUUAAGAUUAAAUAGAGCAGGAUAUUCAAAAUUUAUCUUAGGUUGGAAAGAAAAUGGAAAUAAAUUUAACUUCUUGUAAAUAAAUAUAAAAAUAGUUAGAGUCUAAUAGUGAUAGUUAGAGAAAGAAAAAUGAGAUGGCAUUUAGAAAUCAUGAAGAUAUCUUAGAAACAUUAGGAAGUAGAUCAAAUUGUAAAUAGAGGGAGAGAAGAAGCAAGCAUACAUUUAAGAGUGGAGCAUAUUAUGAAGGUGAAUGGGUGGGUUAAUAAAGAGAUGGGAAUGGAGUUUAAGUAUGGUUGGAUGGUGCAAAAUAUGAAGGAGAAUGGAAAAAUAAUAAGGCAGAAGGGAAAGGUAAAUUNAAAUAUACUCAUUGA